GUACCAGCCUUAUAGAUGACGUCACACGUGGAGAGGAACAGUCGCACCUCAGCUUCAGCACCGAGAGACGUUCGUGCCACUGCGGAACAUCGCUCUGUUUUCCUUUAGGUCCGCAUAUUCACCUUGAUAACAGCGAUGGAUAACUCCGGGAAAGAGAAGGAAGCCGUCCAGCUGAUGGCCGAGGCGGACAAGAAGGUUAAGUCGUCCGGAUCAUUCCUAGGAGGGAUGUUCGGGGGGAAUCAUAAAGUGGAGGAUGCCUGUGAGAUGUAUGCUAGAGCUGCCAACAUGUUCAAGAUGGUAAAGAACUGGAGUGCUGCAGGAAAUGCGUUCUGCCAGGCCGCUCGACUCCACAUGCAGCUCCAGAACAAACUGGACUCAGCCACCAGCUUUGUGGAUGCAGGAAACGCCUACAAGAAGGCGGAUCCACAGGAGGCCAUCAACUGUUUGAAUCAAGCAAUUGAUAUCUACACUGACAUGGGUCGUUUUACGAUCGCAGCCAAACACCACAUCACCAUUGCAGAAGUGUACGAGUCUGAGCUGGUAGACAUUGAGAAGGCCAUCGCUCACUAUGAACAAGCAGCAGACUACUAUAAGGGGGAGGAGUCUAACAGCUCGGCCAACAAAUGUCUCCUGAAGGUGGGACACUACAGCGCUCAGAUGGAGCAGUACGCGAAGGCCAUCGAGAUCUACGAACAGGUUGCCACCAGCACCAUGGAUAACCCACUCUUGAAAUACAAUGCCAAGGAGUACUUCUUCAAAGCCUCCCUCUGCCACUUCAUCGUGGAUGAACUCAACGCAAAGCUGGCCAUUGAGAAGUAUGAAGAAAUGUUCCCAGCCUUCUCAGAUUCCAGAGAACUCAAACUGCUCAAGAAACUGCUUGACGCCCACGAGGAGCAGAACAGCGAGGCGUUCACCGAGGCUGUGAAGGACUUCGACUCUGUGUCGCGUCUCGACCAGUGGCUGACCACCAUGUUGCUGAGGAUCAAGAAGACCAUUCAGGGAGACGCCGGGGACCUGAAGUAAAGCAGAGGGCCAAGAAAGGGAUGGGGGAGAAGAGGAUUUAUAAUGGGAUAGAUUAGGGAAGGGAGGAGGAAGAAGAGGAUUUAUAACGGGAUAGAUACAGGGAAGUGAGGAGGAAGGAGGCAGGACAGGAACGGAGAGGGUUUAAAAUACAAAGAGAAUACAAAUACAGAAGCAAGCAGAAUAAAAUGGAAAAGGGUAGAGAGGAAGAUUUGUGGAAAUUAAUGAAUGAAAGAUGGGAGGGAGGGAGGAAGAAAAAGGAGGUAGGGAGGAAGGUAGGGAG